AUGAAGAAUCUAAGCGCUGAUGAGAGAUUUCAAUUGGCGGGAAGCUACUUUGCUCCAAAAGGACUCUAUGAGUAUACCAAGAGCCUGCCCUUUACCGGUCGAGUGAAUAGCAAUGUAUCAUCGCUUGUGGCCGGUGAAUGGACAGAAAUAACGCUGCAAUAUGAAGUUGGCGCCUCAGGUUUGGCAGAUGGUGCUUGGAUUAAAGCCACUUUCAAAUUUUACUCGGAUUGGGCACUUUUCCAAACGUCGGAUCCCUCAAAAGACAACUAUGUCAGUGCAGAGUAUAUCCCCAACAGCCUUUUCCCGCAACAAACCCCUGCCACAGUUCAGUCACUGGCCAUCCGGUUUGAUCAAAAAGGCCAUGAGCGACCUUUUCAAAAGGCUGUAAUUGUUGAUGUUCAAGAUGGUUACAUGAACCCUGGAGAUCGGAUUCUCAUUCGAUUGGGUGACCGUCGCUUUGGCGGUAGAGGAACGCGGGCCCAGACAUUUAUAGAGAAGGACUUUCGCUGGAGAUUUUACAUAGAUCCCGUCGGAACUUCCCGGUUCGCUCCGAUCCAACCUGAUCUAUCUUGGAACAUCGUGGCAGGUCCUAUCCAUCAUAUUCAGACUGUUUCUCCCCGGGCUUUACAGCCCGGUGUUCCAUUCGCAAUUCAUUCUCACGCUGAGGAUGUCUGGGGAAAUGUAACAAGUGACUUGAAGGGACUUUCUUUCGAAUUGAAAAUUCUGAACGAGCACUCGGAGGUUACUCUUGCAAGAGAAAUCUCUGUCUUAGAUCAGGGCUGGACCAAUACUAUAUUCUCUGGUCUCAACAUAGAAGACGAUGGUGAUUAUACAAUCGAUGUUGCUGUGAAAUCUAAGGAUGAUGGAAAGCGGAUUGCAUCCCAGACUACCCACAUCAGUGUCUCCUCUAACCUCUCAGUUCCCAAGGCUCUGUUUGGAGACUUGCAUGUGCACUCCGAUGAUACUGUGGGAACUGAAUCAUCUAUCUACAACUUUUCCUAUGGUCGAGAAAUUGCUGCGCUUGAUGUUCUUGGAUACACGGCCAAUGACUUCCAAAUCACAAAGGAGCGCUGGGAUGCUACGACUGAUUUGAUAACAUCGCUCAAUAAGCCUGGAGAGUUUGUCAUCUUCCCCGGAACUGAGUGGUGUGGAAACUCUGCGGCAGGAGGAGACCAUAAUGUUGUUUUCUUGGCUGAUCCAGCUACCAACCCGCCCGAAUUCCCCUUCGACCGACAUGGAAAUGUUGCCCGCUCGUUUGAAUGGUCCGAACACGGCCCUAAAGAUCUUGUCCCUGGAGCUUGGCCACUAGAUGAGGUAUAUUGCACGUAUGCUCAUCAGGCAGACACUCAUCUGUUUAUACCUCACGUCGGCGGACGUCGCUGUAACCUUGCAUGGCACCAUCCCAAGCUAGAGCGCCUAGUCGAAAUCGGCAGUGCAUGGGGCCAGUUUGAAUGGCUUCUGCGUGAUGCUGUGUGUAGAGGUUGGAAACUCGGAGUCUCUGCUAAUUCCGACGAGCACCGAGGUCGAUGUGGUGGUGGUGUUCCUGGAACGGCAGUUUUCGGUACUCGAGGUGGUCUUACCGGAAUUGUGGCCCCAAAGCUAGAGCGUCAAGAUGUAGCUCAUGCUUUACGCUCACGACACACUUUCGCAACAACUGGCCAGCGAUUGGUGGGGCUGGUGCAUACUGCCGACCGGUCUGCUAUUCAAGGUGAUGAAAUCAAGGUCUCAGGACAAGGGACUUUAGAACUAGAUUACCAGUUCUUCGGUGACAAGGGUUUCUCUUCUAUCGAGGCCUUUGAUGCAUCGGGCUUGAUCUGGCGCCGACACUUUUGGUCCGAGUCUGACACGUCUGCCACGAUCUUGCGGGUUACAUGGGGUGGAGCAAGAUUGUAUGAUCGGUACCGCGAAGCCGUUUGGAAUGGAACCAUCACAAUCUCAGAGGAAAGCUCCGUGCAGGAUGUGUUGGUAUUUGGAGGUCUUGAGGACAACACAGAAGAUUACGCUCGAUCAGCAGGAAAGCAUACUGUUGAGUUCUCAAGCAAGACAAGUGGUGACCUCGACGGUGUCCACAUUGCCCUACAAGGUGACAAAUCUCCGCAAAAGAUAUGCAUUACAGGCUCACUAGGUGGAUAUGUCAAGGUUGGAGACUCUUUGGCUGGGAACCCCCAUAAAGCUCAGCCGACAUUUCAGCUUGAGGCAUCUUGGGAGGAAGCCAAGCGUCCAGAUGGAAAGGUGAUAGAGAUUUUGGGUGGUGCAGAGCUUUUCGUUCGCGUGGAAGCAAUUCCAAAAGUGGAGCUGCCACGGCGGGUACAAGGAAGAGCAUCGUUCAGUGGUCAAGACGCGGAAUCAUCACGCUCGAUAUACUUCGUUGGCCGAGAGUGGAGUGGGGAAAAGGUCGUCACCAGCCCUGUUUUUAUAGACUACGUCUGA